ACUCCGGAGGCUUCGGAAGGAACACCAUGGACCGUCACCAAGACCAGGAGACGCAGAACCCCGAGCCCGUCCGCCCGUCAAGCCCGGUCAUCGACAUGGACCCUCUGUCCUCAGAUGCCUGCUGCUCUCCCGACCGCGACUUCUGCGGCCAGGGUGCCCGUGGAAGCGCCGACCACGGAGACCGCGCGCAGCCCGAACAGCCGCUAGAUUUCUCCCUCAAGAGUGGAGCCGCAUCCUCCUGUUCUUCGCCGUUGUCCUCCGAAGACGACCGGAGGCCCUCCCAGGACGACCACGUCCCUCUGGGCGUCGUCUCCCCUCUCCUACACGCGCCGAACCCGAUGCAGUCCCCGGGGUUCCACCAGCGUAAUCCGUUGCUGGUGAUCCCUCGCACGACGACGUCGACCAACAGGUCCGCCUCGACGUCACCGCCCGGCUCGUUCCAGAACGGAUACGCCAACGCCUACGGCGGCCUGAUGCGGGGCCUGCAAAACUCUUCGCUGACGACGUCUCUGCCGUCUCCUACAGCGAGCAACCUGUCCUCGGACUCCCCGGCGCCGCCGCCUCUCGUCAGGCCACCACCACAGCAGCCGGCGUUCCCGUCCUUGGAGCUGCCGCCGGUUGCCACGUCUACUAGCCCGCCGCCGCCGCCGAGUGCGUCGUCAACGACGGGCAAGUACGUGCGGCCUUUCAAGGCAUACCAGCGAGGAGAGCGACUCGGCAUGGGCCUGUACAGCGUCUCCAACCCGUUCCUGCCCGCAGCCCUGGCCGCUCCGGUGGGUUUCCACCUCGCCGACCCGUUGGCCGAAGCGGGGUUCGCGGCGUUCCGCGAGACUUGGCUGCGGGCCGGAUGCGGGAACGGACGCCAGGAACACCACAGUAGGUCCGGGACGACGGGCUCGGCUUCUGCCGCCGCCGGCUCCGCGCGCCAGAUAGCCACGACGUCGCCUUCGCCAAUGAGCAACGGCACCGCGACGUGCCCCGCUGGAAGCGGUGACGACUACGGCGACCAGACGUCGCCGGAGAACAGCAACUCGUCCAUUUUGACCGUCACCAACGGCGACGCGUCCACCAACGGCGUCGUCACCACCAACGGCGAAGCUACCACGAACGAAGCCCUCACCUCCACCAACGUAGUCGCCGCCGCCUCAAACGGUGGCUCCCCGAACGGCGGAGGCGCCUCUACCUCCAACGGCGGCGGUCCCAUCCGCAACGGUCGACGACGCUCUCGCCUCCCCGAAACCGAGAAGGACAGCGCGUACUGGGAACGACGACGCAAGAACAACGAGGCCGCCAAGAGGUCCCGGGACGCCCGCAGGGCCAAGGAGGACGAGAUCGCCAUCCGGGUCGCCUUCCUGGAACACGAGAACUCGAGGCUCAUCUACGAGGUCACCAAGCUGCGCGCCGAGCUCAACCUGCAGCAAGCCGUGUACGCGAACCUGGUCUCCCAGCAGCAGCAUCACCAGCAGCAGUGAUUCCCGGCCGCACACCUUUACGGCCUCGGAAGACUUCCUGCCUGUGGUGGCCGAAGCUAGGACAUCGGGGCAGGUCCACUCCUGCGGUACGCGAUGGUUGAGGAGGCAGCUUGGACGACACACGAAAGAAGCCGUGCCUUGGGACACAGACGCUCUGGACUUUGGGGUCCGUUAGGAUGCGGUGUUUACAGUUCACCUGUGAAUGUGUGUCGUGCUAGCUGAUGUCACUGCCGACUAAAUACGUGCAGCGAUAGUCUUUUACACUGCGAGGACUUCAUCUCAUCAGCGCAGAGAAUGCCAUUGCGAGCGCAUCACAAAGACU